AUGCAUGUCAGGAUACCCAGUGACUCUAACAUCGAAUUCUACACCUUUCGUGGGCCCCUACCGCGGAUCGACACAGGCAAUACCACUCCCGUCUCUGAUCCCAUCGCCCGGCUCACUCGUGAGUGCAGUGCUCUCCGACUCAAGCUAGCCACCGCCGAGCGUCGAGAGCGCUGCAGCGGUUUCGGACCAUUCACCUCCCCACCCCUCUCUGCUCGCAGCCCCCCUUCCCGACAUCUCGACCUCGCGAUCGAGUCCGCGUACGCACGUCGCGACGCUGCACGCUCACAGCUGCAGAUCGAAAUCAUGAAGCUCGCAGAGCGCUACAAAGUCCUGGAGAAGACCCUCCGUGAGAUGCAAGAAGCCCUCCGCACGAAAGACAAGGAGGUCGAAGCGCUGAUGCAGGAGAGAGACAGGCUGAUAGCGGAGCGGGACCAGGCCUGCGCAGAGAGAGACCAGGAGCGCGAGAAGGCCCAGAGUGCCGUGACUGUUGCCCCCAGAGAAGCCAAGCAGGAGACGGACGGCACCCGAAUCCAGAACGGCCACCAUCGUGGCCAUCGCAGCCGCACACCGAGUCGUAGCAGGGCAUCAGCACGCAGGAUCGAAGGCCCGCCACCCCCGCCGCCUCCUCCACCACCCCCGCUCCCGCGGAACCCUCAGCUAUAUGUCGACGCGGAGCAGAUCGCACACGCACGCAGCAUGGAUGUCUUCCUCACCAAGACUGACAGCUGGUCUGGCGCACAGGUCAUCCAGGCUGUCGAGGACCUCAACGCCGAGAUCAACCAGUUCGCCGCAUCCGCAACCGAGUCGUGCACCUUCGCGAAACGGCUCCGCGUGCGCACACCCAUGAUGCAGUCGCAAUCGCUCGGCCUCGGAGGCGACAUAGGCCCCGGUGCCAUGCUUGAUGAGGAGAACGCGCCAUGGCUCGGUGCGCCCUUCGCGCGGGUGCUCGCGGCGCGGGACCAUACGCAGGACCCGAUCCUCGUCCAGCUUGCGCUCCAGGCGAGCCUCACGACAUGCUGUGCGCGCUCGCUUGCGCUCUUCUGCGUCGGCUUCCCGUCGAAGCUCGAUGCGCUUCUCUCGCGCGUGCUCACACAUAUGCAAUCCUCUGAACCCCAAGCGACUUCCGCCCGUUGGCGUGCGCUCACUCACCGUGCGAUCCGCAUGUUAUACCCAGGGUUGGAGGAAUACGCGAUCACAGAACUGGUCGCGACCAUGCUGCGGUGGUCUGCGAUGGUCUUUUCUCUCGCGGGUUCGUCACCUGCGUCGGAGCCCUCUUCCCUUACGGUCCUUAGCGCGCAGCUCCGUCGCAUUGCAGAGGCAGUGUACAAGCUCGCGCGGGUGACUCGCGAGGAGAUCUUGUCGACGACGUUCGAGGUCGUCCUCGUAGAGAGCGGUGAAGCUUUCGAAGAGGGGAAUAUGACGAACAAAAUGCGCGACUACGAGGAUUGCAUCGCGGAUGACAAAACUGGAGCCAACAGUUAUGCCGAUGAGAAACCUAGUGAUCAGGCGAACGAGAACAGCAAGACGAGCAACGUCGAGGGCCAGAGGGUGCUAUGCACGACAGAACUGGGCCUCCGGUGUAUAACGAGAAAGGGAAACAAAACUGCUGCGCCGGAGGACUCCGAGGAAGGCGAGCUCUUCGAAAGCAGGAUGUUGUUGUUGCCUAAAGUCGUGCUUAAUUCGGGUGUCCAAGCGAUCGAGCGUGGCGAGCGAUGA